AUGGAGAGUAACCAGCUCAAGGUCCUCCACAGGUUCGGCUUGCUAGGUGAUAGAUACCUCCAUGGGUCUUCAGCAGCUUCGGGCACCAAGUUGGUCGCCACGAACUGUGCUCGUGCCAUGGGGGGUAGGGAACUUCAGCAGCAGCAUAUGUGUGGAAAUGAAAACCUUCAUUUGUGCCAAGGUUGGGCAUCCGAGGAUGACGUUGAAAGUUGUGGGGCAGUCAACGAUAAGGAAGGAGUGGUGACUGUAGCCCGCUGA